CCUCUUCGCUUUAUUCCCCUUCAUAUUUUGGCCCUCCUUUGCCCCUUCAGGCCCUCACUCCUCAGUACUCCUACUGCUGCUACUCUACUCCCUCCUCUCUCCAGCUGCUCGUCUCCUUGGGCAACGGAGAGCGCAAGCACACUAGCACAGCUGCACAGGCACAGCUGCACAGCUCAGUGUGUCCUUCCUUGCACUGUCCUCUGCGCCAGCCACCUUGCAUCUCCUCCCUCUUUCCCUCUCCGGUCCUUCAAAUCCUGAGCUGAGCUGCCCCGGGUUGGGUUCUUGCAUUGCUUGAGGUGGUCGCAUCCGUGUGUGUGUGUCCUCGGCACCGCGUGUUUUCCUUGGAUUCAGGUGCUACGGCCAUUUACUACUGCUGCCCCCCUGGUCGUUUCAGCAGGCCGGAGGCAUUAACUUCCACUGGCAUUGAUUUGAUCCCUGUCAUGGUGAGCUUGUUGGCUACUGCGUGGGGCUGACCAUUCCCGGAGUCUCUCGGCUAUCUUUGAUCCUACUCCUGGUUUAGUUCCUGAAAUCUUGCGGUUUUUUUCUUCUUCGGUGGCUGCCGUUCUUGAUGUUCCUGCCCAAGUGACUGGUUUAUCUUGCUCUCCAUCAAUUCGGUUUUGGGUUGCUGCGGUGGAUUCUUUGCUCCCCUUCGAGAUACUGCUUGGAUCAUUAGUUCAUUACACGGUUAGCAGAGGAACUCUUGGAGUUGGGGAUUCCUUUGUUCUUCUUUUCACAGUUUGGAAUAUCAGGAGCUGGCUUGGAAUCUUCCAAGCAAGGGGAAAAAGUUCUCUGGGAUAGGGAGAAACAGAAUCCUGUUCUUCCCCCUUUCAUUCCACUAGUAUAUACUGCUCUGAGAGGAGCAAUUGGAGGCAUGGUUUGGAUUUUGGUGGUUUGAGGAGGGAAGAAGCAUCCCUGGAGCUGUAUGAGGAGGCAUUGAGACAAUGAGAGAUGAGAAUUCAAUCAAGACCAAGGCCUGGAAGAAGCUAUCCUGGUCCAAGACCUUUGUUAGGAAGUGGUUCAACAUCAAAACAAAAGCCAAGGACUUCCAUUCAGAUUAUGCAGUUGAAGAAGUAGGUGUCCAGUGGAGAACCAGUUUCUCAGAGAGAGAUGUAUGCAAAUCCAAGAAAAGCAGAACAGAGAGGUUGCCUAGGAAGAGUGUGGAUCGAGAUUCCCGGGUAGGAAAUGGAUUUGACCGUGCUUAUAUCACAAAUACACAAGACUACAGGGUCUUUGUUGCAACAUGGAAUGUGGGUGGAAGGUCACCAUCGAGUCAUUUGAAUUUGGAAGACUGGCUUCAUACUUCUCCGGCUGCUGAUAUAUAUGUCAUUGGGUUACAGGAAAUUGUUCCUUUGAAUGCUGGCAAUGUCCUAUUGACCGAAGACAAUGGUCCAGCAAAGAAAUGGGUCGCACUUGUUAGAAAAACGCUAAACAAUAUAGACCAAGGCUCUGUUGUGUACAACUACCACACCCCUUCGCCGGUUCCAGAUCCUAUUGUUGAGCUCAAUGUUGAUUUUGAACGAUCAUCAAGAAGACCAAGGAAUUCAUCUUUCUUCCAUCGACGUUCAUUCCAGUCCUUCAACCGAAGCUCAAGAAUUGACAUGAUGGAUCCCCACUCAUUAGUGGAUCGUCGUUUCAGUGUUUGUGACCGGAUUAGCUUUGGGAGUAGGCCAAGUGAUGUUGACACCAGUAUGAGAUAUGGUGGGUCAUCUGAUGAUGAGAAUAUUGACGAGGAAUCACCUAGUGGUAUAUACAUCUCACCAAUGCCAUACGGUUAUGGUGCUCCACUAUGCUAUGAUGAUAACAAAAGACAGUUGAUAAACACUAGCAGAUAUUGCCUAGUUGCCAGCAAGCAAAUGGUUGGUGUUUUUCUCAUGGUUUGGGUACGAAGUGAUAUAAGGGAACAUGUGAAGAACUUGAAGGUUUCAUGUGUUGGCAGAGGUUUGAUGGGAUAUCUCGGAAAUAAGGGAUCGAUAUCAAUCAGCAUGUCUCUGCAUCAGACAAGCUUCUGCUUUGUUUGCACUCACUUGACCUCAGGGCAAAAGGACGGUGAUGAACUUAGAAGAAAUGCAGAUGUUGUAGAAAUUUUGAGGAAGACCAGAUUCCCACAUGUCCAUGGUGUAGGUGACGAGAAGUCACCGGAGACAAUUCUUGACCAUGAUCGUAUAAUAUGGCUUGGGGAUCUUAAUUACCGAAUAGCUCUUUCAUACCGUUCGGUGAAGGCUCUAGUUGAGAUGCACAAUUGGAAACAGUUACUAGAGAAGGACCAGCUUCGAAUAGAGCAAAGGUAUGGUCGGGUAUUUUCAGGCUGGAAAGAAGGGAGGAUUUAUUUUCCUCCCACAUACAAAUACUCCUACAAUUCUGACAGAUACGCAGGCGACGAUAUGCGUCCGAAUGAGAAGCGAAGAACACCUGCAUGGUGCGACCGGAUUCUAUGGUAUGGGAGAGGCCUGAAUCAACUAUGUUAUGUUCGCGGCGAGUCUAGAUUCUCAGAUCACAGGCCUGUAUACAGCAUUUUCACUGCGGAGGUUCAGAUACCGAGCCAAACCCAAUUUUGCAGCUUUGCUCGUUCUACCUCUCUAAUGGGGGUGGAUGAACUACCAUACCCAACUUAUCCACGCAGUUACACAGAUAUCAAUUUUUAUUGAUUGUGUAUCUCGAUGGAGCCAAGACAUUCUUCAGUCCCAGAAUACACCAGAUGAACUUCAUUUCUCCCAAGAUUCCAGCAAUUGGAAUAUUGUCAGCCAACAGAUACUCAAGGAGAUGCUUUCUAAUUGUAAAAUUAGGAAGAUUUGCGCAGUCAAGCAAAGUUUUGAAUCUAACAAUCCGCGAGUACCAGUUUACAACAGCAACCAAAAAAAAAAGAGGAGAGUUUUAGUUCCGAAAUAAGCUAAUCACUAACAACUGAAGCUGAUUUGCAGUGUGCUUUUGGAUACCCCUUCAUCAUACAGAAUUCCUUUUUCCUUCGCCACCAUUUGUACUACUUGAAAGGCUUUGUUUCCUCUUUUGCUUUUCUUUCUUUUUUGUUCUUGGUCUUCUGAUGUAACAAGAGCCCCUUGGGCACUGAUAUUUAAUUGGAAGUAGAAACAGUGCAGUAUCAUUUGUACAGCAUAAUGUUGAUGCUA